AUGACUAUCAAAGCAGGAAAAUGGGAAGUUCAUAAUCAAGUUUUGUGGAUUCGAAAUUGGAUUCCAGAUUUUAGACCACAGAAUCAUAGAGCUUCACAGGCAAUGAUUUGGGUACAUCUCCCAGGUCUAAGUUUGGAAUAUUGGGAUGAAGCAACUCUUUUCACAAUCUGUAAAGCUCUUGGAACACCAGUAAAGGUUGAUGAAGCUACACUUAACUUUUAUAAUGGGUAUUAUGCAAGAGUUCUGGUUAAUAUUGAUUUAGCAGGUAAAAUUCCUAAUAAGUUAUGGAUUAAAACAAAGUUUGGAGGAUUUAUGCAGAAUGUGAUUCUAACAAAACCCCCAAAAUUUUGUGAUCACUGUAAGAUUGUGGGGCACUUACAGAUUGAAUGCAGAGCAAAAACCUCUUCUCCACAUGAAGUUACUAAGUCAACUGUGAAUGCAACACCAAAGAGCACUAAUCAAUCUCAAGGUAUGAAGUUUGAUAUAUGUGAUCCAUUAUUUUGUUCUGGAAAUCAACACAAAGGUUCUGCUCCUAACAAUUCUGCCAGUGAGGUUGAGAAUUGUGAAACUCCAAUUAUAUCUGUUGGAGUGGGUCAUCAUGUGAAUCAUGUGAACAUUUCAGCAGGUAUGUUUGGUUCUUUACAAAAUUCUUCUGAGGAGGAAAAUAUAAUUGAAAUGCAUAAAGAUAGUGUGAAUAAAGUGCAAAUAGUGGACAAGAAGGAUACAUCUCUACAGGGUAAUGAAAUUAUAUCUCCAACAAUAAUACAACAAGUAGCAGAGGAUAAUGCAGUUGAGAGUGUGAUUAACUUCAUUAAUGGCAAAGAUGGAUCAAUGUCAGAGGAAAGAAUUCCAACUACUUCUUGA